UUACGUCCAUGUACAGAGCGCACUUUUCGGAACUAUACACGCUUUCCAACAUGUUGCGCUUAUUCAGCGUACUUUUAUUAUGCUGGAAAACACAUGGCGAACAAAACAUGGCGACUGCUAAGUAAACAUGUAUGAAAAGCACUAAGUGGUGUUCAACCGAAAAUCUUACAAUAGUUGCAAAACUGCUUUUUCUGCUUGAACGCAGCCAUUGCAAGUAUCACGUGGUUAAAUUUGUUCUCUUUAUCUAGUACGUGUGUGCGCGCCAUCAUUUUUCCUGAUACGGUUCUUCCACUUUCCGGUGGCGUAUGUUGACGGCGAUUAUGAAAAUCGCGGCGAACGAACAAGGAGACCAGCGACGACGAUUAUGUCAGUUGCAUGCCAGUGUCUUCAUCGAUAACCAUGAGAGCCAGUCAUAUUCGCCGGCAUUAUUAGUGUACAUACCUGUAUAUAUCGUAGAUUUUUCAUUUCUAUGCAACACGUACCUGACUAAUUAGCACGCUAAACAUUGUAUGUUGAAACGCUGUCGUCAUACAUGAUGCACGAUGUCUAGUCUGCGAAAGAAGGCAAACAGAAAAGCUACCGAAGCGAAAAGGACCGACAAUCUGGUGGGAGAUGUGACUAUCGACGAUUUUGCUAAUACUUUACAAAUUCAUAGAAGGCUUAAGAAAGCAGCCACAAAUGUCUCUAACAAAGUGAAAGAGAGAGUAACAAAAGAGGAAAAAUUAUGGGAUGAAACAAAUGAAAGUUUGUUACAAGACAAUAUGAAAGAAGACAUUGAUAAAGUACCUCGUGUUAACACAAAAAAAGGCAAAAGGAAAUUUAAAUCACUUAAGGAAGAUACUAAAGAAGAUGAAGGCAUUGAUUAUCCAUUAGAUAUAUGGUUUAUAAUUUCUGAAUAUAUACCACCUGAAACGGUAGGAAAAUUCGCGAGAAUUUGCAGAAGUUCUUAUUAUGUAACUACUACUGCAAAAUUCUGGUUUCAUUUAUAUAAAACGUAUCACGAAUAUGUCCCAGACUUACCUGAACGUUUACAGCCAGAAUGUAUGAUGCGUCAACAUGGAUUAAGAGCUUGUGUUAUCAGAGCAUUGCAUUACAAUUACUUUACUUCAUUAUUGCAACGUGAAAUAGAUAAUGUACCUUAUUUAAGACAAGAGGAACCACAUUCUCUUGUGAGAAGAAAAUGCACUCACAUGUGGCAUAAAGAAGGCAAAAUUCGAUGCUAUUUCUUUUUCAAGUUAAAAGAGACUUCUAAAUAUCGUAAUAGUUCGUUAAAGGAAAAUAAUAAAUGUAAUAGUGAAAAGACUGAAUUCAUCGAAAUGCUGGAAGACGUGUCUGUUAAUUCUGAAGAUGGUUGCAAAGUGCUAAGAGUGACUUGCGUAAAAUAUUGUAUGCUACCGCCAGUAAUUGGAUUGAUUUUGCAAACAGUGUCUAUGGGUUUAAUGCCUGGUUAUAGAAAACAUCGACUUCGACUUGGAUUUGGAACAUCUAUUGUUUCUGGCACACUAACUACUGAAGUAAUACUUAGCGAUGUUACUGGUUACCGUAUCUUAGAUUGGUGGGAUCCUUAUUAUCCUCAUCACGAUGCGACUUUCAUGAUUGAUUUUCGGCAAAGUGACUCUGAUUAAAACUUUGUACAAACGUUCUGUAUUUUGUGUAUAAAGAUAGGGAAAUCUAUAAAUUUUGUAAUUAAUAAAUUACAAAACUGCAAAA